UCGAUUGCGCAUCGUCACAUGAAUAACAGUCGUUACGUGCGUAAGUGGAGAAGGAUAAAUGAUUGUGUGCUUAGGCUCGAAAUUGCAUCUCUGGUUCAAUAAUUAAUUGUUCACUUUUCACUCGCUUUGUACUUGUUCAUGUUGUGUUCAGUUAGCAGUUACUAGCACAGUGAUAGAUAUCUCUUUUACGCUUUGGUGUCGUGUAGGUAGAAGUAUAAGUGGCUUCCAUGUGGAGGUUUGGGCCAUCUUUUAUUUUGCUUUGAAAUUACGAUUAAAUUUGCAUGUAAUAUUAGUUCUAAGGUUGUAUUGUUUAGACAUUUCUUUUGUUUCGUUCUUCAGAGAAAAUAGCAUGUAUUCUUGUAAAAGUAGUGUAUUCUUGUAAAACACAGUUCAUUUUUUCAUUACUUGAUUUUUUCUUUGUUUCAAUACCUUGUUUAAUUCUUUUUUCUGCAUUCUUUCAUUCUUCAACAUGGAUUCUAAAUGUGUAAAAAGAUUAAAGGCAACUUUUUGCCGUAAUUGGCUAGAAAACGAGAAUUAUAAAUGUUGGAUAAGAGAAGUCCCACAUGAUAAUACCAUGUUUUUCUGUGUAGUUUGCAAUAGAACUUUUUGUUGCUCAUCACGAGUUUCCAAACAUGCUGCAUCUGAGACACAUCGAAAUAAUAUGCUUAAAGAUAACAAAAACGAAGAAGUAAAGACAACUGGAAAAGAAACUCGCAAAAGGGAAUUCUUGCAUCCAUGGCUUGAAAAUAAACAGUUCAAGCCAUAGCUGCAGGAGAUCCCCAAUGACCCAUAUAGUUGUUUUUGCUCCUUCUGCAACUCGACAUUUCGAUGUGGUCUCGACGCACUGAAACGGCAUUCUGAAACGAGAAAACAUGUUAUUGAGUGUGAGAAAAGAGGUUUUGUUGUAGAUCUUAAUAUGCCUGAUGAACGACCAACUUACAAAGAUCGGAAGAAAAUCGCGGAGAUAAAAUUUGCAGCGUUAAUUGCUGAAAAAAAUAUCCCAUUUCAAACAGCAGAAUCAAUUUUGAAUUUGUUUCAAGAACUGGGAAAAGAUCCUAUAAUUUUGGAAAAUAUGAUAAUGAAUCGAAAAAAGGGACCGGAUAUAAUAAAUAAGGUUUUAUAUGUUCGCGAACAGGAACGAUUAGUUGAAACGCUGCAAAAUAACAAAUUUUCCAUUUUUAUUAAUGAAACAUCCGAGGUAAAUGAAAAGUGGAUAACGUUUGUUGUUCGAUACGUCGAUCCUCAAACUUCGAAUGUUCGAACAGAAUUACUUGAAUUAAUUCGAUUGGAUGCAAAUGAUUGUAGUGUAGAAAAAUUGUUUACAACUUUAAGAGACAUAAUGUGGGAGAAGAAAAUUCCAUUUCAAAAUAUUCUUGCUCUUUCCUGUGAUAACGCUUCCGUUAUGACAGGAAAAUAUGAAUUUCUUAAAACAAAGUUGCAAGAAUAUUGUGAAAAUUUAAUAACUAUGCCGUGCCCUUGUCAUGCAUCUGCAUUAGCAACAGAUGCAGCUUGUGCAGCGAUUCCUUUGGCAUGUGAAGAACUGCUGCGAAAAGUAGCAUCAUUCAUCUCCGGCAAUCCUAAGCGCGCAUGUAAUUUCCAACAAUUACGAAAAUCGUUUACUUUUAGAGAUAAUGAUAGGAAAAUGUUUAAGCAUUCUGAAGUGCGAUGGAUUUCUCGUUAUUCAUGUGUUGCUAAAUUGAACGAAAAUUGGAACGCGUUGCUGAAAUGUUUGCAAGAAGAACAACUAAACGAGAAAUCAAAGUCUAAAACUGCUUUACUUUCUAUGAUGCGAAAUCCAGAAACGCGAGCAUACUUUUUAUUUUUAGAGUAUAUUCUUAAAGCUUUUAAUAAAUUUCGUGCAUCUUUUCAGUCUCAGGACACAAAGGUUUAUUUACUUCAGCCGGCUGCGGAAGAUCUCUUGAGAUCUGUCCUUCGCAAUGUUGUAAGAAACAAGUUAUUAGAUUCUGCUGUACGUGGUGUAAUUGAUCCUUUCCUCGCGUGUAACCGUUUGGCUUUUGAUCACGUUAUAGUCGGACGAGUUUGCCAAGAAUUUCUUAAUAAAUUAAAUCGGAAAGAUCGGGAUGAUAUUAUCAAAUCAAUCCAUGCUAAUUGUUUUUCAUUCUACAACAUUGCUACGAAAGAAAUUCGCGAGAGACUUUUUGUUAAAGAGGAGUUUUUAAGUAAAUUGAGAAUUUUUAAUCCGAAGUUUGCUUUGCAACGAGAAGAUGAAGAUAACAGCGUUCAGGAUGUUCUUCUCGUUGCUAAACGCUUUGACGAAUUUGAUGAAGAGAUGUUGCAAAAAGAAUGGCAAUCUUUGAAUCUGAAUUUCACAUUAGAGCAGAAGGAAAAACUUAUCACUUUAGAUUUCGAUAAUGCAUGGAAAACAAUAACUGAAGAAGCGGACGGAAAGUUUAAGUAUCCCAUGCUAACAAAAUUAGUUAAUAUAAUUCGAUCUCUCCCAAAUUCAAAUACCGCUUCUCAAACAAUAUUUUCUGUACUGAGAGAUGUGAGAUCAAAGAAACGUAAUAAUCUUUGUCCUCAUCACGUUAAAGCUUUGUGUGUGUUGAAAUCUAGCUUGAAGUUGAGUGGACAAACCGCUCAAACUAUGAAAAUUGAUGCUCGACAUUUAGCUUUAAUGUCAUCUGAGAAUAACACAAAGCGAACAUCUAAAGAGAAUCAAAUCAAAUGUGAAGAAAUUAAAGUAGAGGAGCUCGAUUUGGGCGACUUAUAGACUUCUCAGCUUAAAUUGGAACUGUCUCUCAUUCCACUAAAUGCCACUUAUAUUGAAUUGAGGAGAAGCUCUGAUGACUUUUUUUUAUAGUUAACAAUUACAGUAGCGGACUUGAAAUAAUUCAUGAUGCUUUUAAAAUAUGUUUGCUCCGAGUAAAAACGCACAAUAAAUUAUAUUAAAAAUGCGUUUCAAUUAUUAAUGAUAUGCUCACUUGCUCAAAGCGUCAGAUCUGAAAUUAUUAUGCCUGAUGGUGGCAUAAUAAAGUGGCAUAAGAAAGGCAUAAGAAAGUGGCAAAGAAGUGGAACAAUUGUCUACUUCCAAGAAAGGCCUUGGCUUAACUAAUUGUCAUUAGCAGUAAAUGGAAGUGAGGUGGCAUGAACUCAUACUGAACAUAUAAAAAGGAGCGAAAAGCGCGAGGGUGUUUAAUGUUGUCAUGCCUGACAGCACAAACUCGUGCAAACGGAAUUGGAGUGAUUGCCUACUUCCAAAGAAAGGCCAUGGCUUAACUAAUUGUUAUUUGCAGUAAAUGGGAGUGAGGUGCCAUGAACUUGUUAAAGAUCUGAACAGAAAAUGAGCAAAGAACGCGAAAAUAUUUAAUGUGAGUUUUAUAUCAUUAAUAAUACGAUAUGCUUUAUUCUAUUUUGAAUUAAACAAAGAUAUGGAACAUUGAAGAUAUUUUCUAUUUUUCACAUGUUUGUCUAAUUCAUAAUUAUUUAAUGUGACUUUUGUGCAUAGCUAAGAUAAGUUUUUCAAUUUUCAAUUAAAUUAAUUUUCUCAAGUUUUGUAAAUAAAUCCGCUACUGUUCUCAAUUACCUUAUUUGAUUGCUCAUCCAAACAUUUUACGAAAAUAAAAAAUCUUUUUAGACUUAUGUUCUUUUCUACCAACUUUGGAAUAACCAACUGGUUAAAUUAACCAAAAUUUGGUUAAAAGAAACAGGCUUUAGACUUUUCAGCCUAAACCGGAGCUAUCUCUCACUUCAAUAAAUACCGUUUACUAUGGAUUGAAAAAAAAAACCAAAUAAAGCUUCAAUGACUUUAUAACAGUUGGAAACUACAGUGGCGUUAUAACACAUGUCAACUCUUGUAUUAUAGUAUUCGUUCCAGUUUAAGUAUAAAUAUAAUUAAUAUGAAAUUUAAAUGGAAGUUUUUGCUAUAUGUGACAAUACUAUUUUGUAAUGAUGACAUUUUUGCUAUAUUGUGAGACCUGGCUUUGAUUUAAAAAAUGAUGUAAUAAUUUUACGUCAAUCAAAAAUACUAAUUUCUCGAUUUACACAAUUUUACUGAGAAAUCACCCAGAAAACCUUAUGAUGUAAAAAUAUCUAAAAAAUAUCUUACAAUUCCUAAAACGUCUUCAAAAUUUAUCAGAAGAACAUCAUUAUAACAUUUUUAAGAUAUCUUAUAUUCGAAUAUUUAGGACAUCUUAAAGAUCCUGUUUAAAAUUAUUUUAAAACCUCUAAAUAUAUUAUUUUAACUGCAUAUUUCUAGAAUUAUGUGUGUGUCGGACGAAAAUUUUUAUUUGACUGUGGAAUUGUUUAUCUGUCUGCUCCAUCUGCUCAGGAUCAGGGGUCGAUAACAACUAAUUGAUAAUGGUGAUAUCCGACAUUAUGUGCUUUAAACUUUAAAGUUUGUGUCGGAUAUCAUGAUUUCUCGCUAGAUAUCCGUUAUUAUCGAUUCCUAAUCCUAACUUAAUCCUAAUCCUAAUCCUAACCCUGAGCAAAUGGAGCAGACACAAGUCAGCAAAUCUCAUCAUAAAGAAAAUUAAAGAAAAUUGUAUGUAUGAAAGAAAAAAGAUUUUCAUUCGGCACAAUAAUUAAAUUGGAGACUAACAAAUCACACAAAUACACUAUUUAAUAAGUUCUGUCACAUUUUUUCCUGUAUACAAUGCUUACGAAUACACGAAUAUACUAAGAAGUUUUUAUGAUAUUUGUUAUCGCAAAGCAUGCAUAAAUAUCAUAGUUAGUAGUGCAACUGUCUACAUACAUCAAGUUAGAUUGUAUAAUUACACAAUGUCGGGCGUGGCAUAUAUUCGAAACGAUGUAUUGUGUGAGGUUGCAGUUUAGGACUGAAUUGAGAAUGAAUGAUGCGAAACAACGUUUGGAUAAACCCUUUAAAAUAUUUUAAUAUAUUUUAAUCAUAGUUUUUGUUUGUGAAGAAUUUUUGCGUUCCAAUUUUAUGUGUAGUUUUAGGUUUUCUUAUUAUUUACGCAUACGUACGAAUUAUUUCGACAGACAAAGAGAGAUCUACGCAUAAAAUUUCGUUUCUCACUAUAUGAAACAUUUUAUAAGGACAAUUUGCAAAUGCAUGUAUUGAAUCUGUAAAUGCCGUACCCAGCGAAAAAUGAUUUGUCGAUGUCGAAACAAUGUUGACUCGAUGUUAAAACUAUCAAGCCCUAUCGAUUCGAUAUUGUUUCGACAUCAAUUGACGAAUCAUUUCUCGUUGAGUAAUUUGUAUUGCAUGUGUGUUUCUUGAUUUACGUUUUGCAUGCAAAAUAUAUAAUAAUACAUUUUAUUAUAAUAUUUCGCGUGCAUGAAUAAUAUUAUCUUGAUUUUUUAUCGUAUUUCAUUUUUUACAUAUUUUGUUUUUUAUGCAUGAAAUUGCUUUAUGAAAUAUUUGUUUCCUCAUUUUUUUCUCCAUUCCCCCAUUCCUUUGGAAAUGUAUAAAAUUGUCAAAUAGUUAUAUUUCAUUAAUGACUUAUUAGACAAUUUUUUACAUUUCCUCCUGAUGGAAGAGACCACCACCUUCCCGCGGUUUCCGUCGAGCAGUAAUGUGGACCUGAAUGUCUUUUUUAAUUAAAAAAUUUCCACUCAAAAUAUGGUAUAGCUUUUAGAUACUUAUUAUUUACUUAAUGCAUGUAUAUCUUUUUGUAAUAAUUUUGCUGUUGUCACAUUAAUGAAUAAGAAUAUCUAAUAUUUUUCAGACUUGAUUCUGUCCACGUUUCUGGCAAAGAGUGGAUUUUCUAUUCUCUACAGUUCAAGCUUUAAAAUGUUUCUUGGUAUAUUUCUCUACGAUGAUUUUUUACUUAGAAUUCGUUAAAUUUCGUAAAAUUGUAAUAAAAGGAAAAUAUUCCUUAUUACAUUUUUAUUGAAUAUUAGGUUAGGUUAGUUGUUUUAUUAAGUUUUGUGCAUUUAAAAAUAAUAAAAUAAACAAAUAAGUAAAUUAAUUUCUUGCUCAAAUAUUUUUCAUAUUUGUUAAUCAUAAGUAGAUAUUUAUAGUUUUUCAUACAAAAUCCAAUUUUAUAUAUUUAACGUCUUCUCUUAAAUAUAUCUCUUAAAAUACUAUCUAAACAAUGACGAUCGUAAGGAAUGUCUGAGAUAAACUUAGAUUAUCUAAGAUUUCUGCAGGUGUAUUCUCUAUUCUGCAACUUUUUAAAGCAGACGUUAUAUAGCAUGUAACAUAUAAUAAUUAAUUUACGAUUUUUGUAAAUAUAUCUUAAUAUAUUAUAUCAUCAAUAUGCAUUAUAUUUACGUUAAGUUUGCCUACGCUAUUUUUCAUUAGAAAAUAGUACUCUGCAAACUACUUUAACGCAAUUCUUUGCAUUACAUAAAGCAAUGCAAAUGCCGGCUACUAGAAAAUGUUAAAUAUCGUAAUGCAAUUAUUGAAAAGUUAAAUUAAUAUUUAAAAAAUCAUAUAUAUUAUAUUGUGAAGAAAAUAACUAACGGAAUAAUGUUGUAUCUGUCAGAUGUUGUAGAUAAACCAGUAGAGAAGGAAAAUAUUAUAAUAAUGACAAAGUUGAGAAAUAA